GCAGCCAGACCGUGUGUUGGUCUCGCUGAGAGUUGCUUGGCAGCUUUUCUGCGCUGAUUAGAAUAGAAGGCCAGGGGUAGAUUUAGCUUCGGAGAUCAUGAAGAGCGUUCGUGUUAUUUGAGAUACCCCACAUGAUCUGAGGAUUCCACUGCUUCGGGAGAUCGCCCUGCCCCCGGUUGUCCUGCGGGAGGAGGCUGUGUGGAGGGCAGGAAGGAGGUUGGGAGGAAGGGAGCAGUCAUGGAGCAGGUCUCAGCCAUGGAGAAGAAUGUGGCCGAUCUGACGGUCAUGGAUGUCUAUGACAUCGCCUCUGCAGUGGGGCAGGAGUUUGAGAGAAUUAUAGACCAGUAUGGCUGCGAGGCCAUAGGGAGGCUGAUGCCCAAAGUGGUUCGGGUACUGGAGAUCUUAGAGGUACUGGUCAGCAGGAACCACAUUAACCCAGAGAUGGACGAACUCAGGCUGGAACUGGACAGACUGAGGCUGGAGCGAGUGGACAGGAUUGAGAAGGAGAAAAAACACCAGAAGGAGCUUGAGCUGGUAGAGGAUGUUUGGAGAGGAGAAGCUCAAGAUCUUCUGGGUCAAAUAGCCCAGCUUCAGGAGGAGAACAAACAGCUCCUGUCCAACCUAUCCCUGAAGGACAUCAAUAUCACAGAGGAGGAAUUUCAGAAGCAUGAAGGAAUGUCAGAGAGAGAGAGACAAGUUAUGAAGAAGCUGAAGGAGGUGGUGGACAAACAGAGAGAUGAGAUAAGAGCUAAAGACCGAGAGCUUGUACUUAAGAAUGAGGAUGUAGAAGCUUUACAACAACAGCAAAGCCGUCUGAUGAAAAUUAACCAUGAUUUGCGCCAUCGCAUUACGGUGGUGGAAGCUCAGGGGAAAGCACUGAUUGAACAGAAGGUAGAGCUGGAAGCGUAUCUGCAAACCAAGGAGCAGGAGUCUAGUAACUUCAAAGUGGAGAUCAGCAAGCUGAGAGAGAGGCUGAAGGGAGAUCAGCAACUGAAUGGAGUGGAGAAAAGGAUAGAGACAGAAACUAUAAAUGAAGACAGUAUUAUUGACUCAGACAAGAUGUCUUUGGAUCUUAAGGAUUCAAACCGGCCAAGAUUUACCUUGCAAGAACUGCGUGACGUGUUACAUGAGAGAAAUGAGCUGAAAGCCAAAGUUUUUAUGUUGCAGGAAGAACUUGCGUACUACAAAAGUGAAGAAGCAGACGAGGAGAACAAGCUUCCGCAAACCUCACCUAUAAUAAACCCCAAAACACAAACAUCUCAGGAGUCUGGCAUCAAACGCCUUGCUGAAUACUACCCUGUAUACACUUAUUUGCUAGUUUUUACAUCAUGGCUUUUGUGUCUCCUCUCCAUGAUGGUGUCCUCCAGGUUUAGUUUUUUCUCAAGGGAUAAAAAACGGAUACCAAUGACACAGAGAAACGUCCGCGUUCAAGAAUCGUACGGGGUUUGGUCUGACUACAACAGAGAUGAUGGUUAUACAGAACAAGGACAAGAAGCCUUACAACACAUGUGACAUAUUGCUUUGCCUUAAAUGACAUUACAUGCGUUUCAUAGCGGAGUAAAGCACAGAUCCGUUACGCCAAUGGAUACGAUUCUGAAACAAUGUAGAUGUUUGCGCUCUGGAAAGAGAAACUGAAAUAACUGCUUAUGACGUUAAUCCAAUAACCCUUAUCGUUUAUAAUACACAUGCCUUUUUAUAAAAAUGCUAAAUACUUCAAAA